AUGAGACUCACUCCAAACGUCUUGUUAGAUGCUCCCUCGUUCAUCAAUCCACAACAUGAGCGUACGCUGAGUCUAAGGUCUCUCAAGAUCCCAAUGAUCGAGAACUUCACCGUCACAAAAGAUGUUAAUGAAGCUAUAGAUUUGACAGAUAAUGAUAUCAAAAUAUUGGGGAACUUCCCAAUAUUGACCAGAUUAAAGACUCUAUUGUUGGCUAAGAACAGAAUACAAACCAUUCAGGAUGAUUUCUACACCACUGUGCCUAUGUUGGAAUCAUUGUCUUUGAUAUCAAACAGUUUAGCAUCAUUAUCAAGCCUUGAACCUUUGAAAAAUUGUAAAAGGUUGAAAAAUCUAUAUAUUUUGAACAAUCAUAUAUCACAGCAGGAACAUUAUAGAUUGUUCAUCAUAUGGCUAAUACCUCAGUUGAAAGUUUUAGACUUUAUGAAGAUUAAAGAUAAAGAACGCACUCAAGCUAAUGAAUUAUUUGGUGAAGUUGAAGAACCAACAGAAUUAGCUAAAACUAUCUUGAACUCCAAACCUAAACACAUUUUAGAUAAUGAUAAAGAUGAUGAUCAAAUUAAAGACGUUUUGAAAAAAUUGUCAGAGGAAGAUAGAGAAAAGUUGAAACAACAAUUGAAAACUGCAACUUCAUUAAGUGAAAUUGAUAAAAUUGAAACUGCAUUAAAGAAUGGUUAUAUAUGAGGCAAAUAACCACCAUGUGUAUUAUAAAAGAAUAAUGUCUACAAACCUAU